CCAUUUGUGUCACGCGGCUUUGUUUCGUUGACAGGUGAAGAAAAUGAUAAAGUGCCAGUCACAAUCCUGAGAGAUACGGGUGCGUAUCACUCAUUUUUACUAGAGUCUGUACUGCCUUUAUCUGAGAAAACAUCCUGUGGUUCCGACAUACUAGUGUGGGGAAUAAAAAUGAGUGUGACCAAAGCCCCUCUGCAUAUGGUACACCUGCAUUCGCCGUUAGUGUCGGGCUACGUUAAAGUCGCCGUGCGCCAGCGAUUGCCAAUUGAAGGAGUUUCCUUCAUUCUGGGUAAUGAUCUAGCUGGUGGGCAUGUUUUUCCCCCGCCAGAAGUCGUUGAUGUUCCUGCCCUCGCUGCUGAUUCAGGCUCACCCGCUUCAGAGGUGUUUCCUGCGUGCGCAAUUACUCGUGCGCAGGCUCGUAAAAUGGGUGAGAUGGUGGACUUGUCGGGGUCGUUUAUGGCAACGCUUGAUGAAGACGACUCUUUUGUGUCACCCAUUGAGUCUGUGAAAAUAUCAGCAUGUGAUGUUCCAGAAAUGAUUCCUGAAGACAUUAAUCAAAGCUUAAACAUGUCCAGAGAAAUGUCGAUCAAAGCGCAGCAGGGUGACCCUUCACUGGUGCCUUGUUUUUCCUCUGUUGUGGACAGAGAGGCAUCUAAAGCGCCAGUAAAAUAUUUCCUUGAGAACGGUGUGCUUUUGCGGUCUUGGUCUCCUGACUCGACUGAUCUACACAGAGUAAAUCAGGUACUGGUGCCAAAGGAAUAUAGACUCCAGAUUCUCAGUCUCGCGCACGAUGCCAGCUUAGCUGGACAUCUUGGGGUCAAGAAGACGUAUCACCGUGUAUUACGUAACUUCUUUUGGCCUGGAUUAAAAUCGGAUGUGGUGAAAUAUUGUCGCUCAUGUCAUACUUGCCAGGUAGUGGGAAAGCCAAAUAAACCGAUUCCACCAGCGCCUCUUCACCCUAUUCCAGCGUUGGGUGAGCCAUUUGAGAGGGUUCUGUUGGACUGUGUGGGCCCGUUGCCAAAAUCGAAAUCAGGCCACCAGUACAUAUUAACUGUAAUGUGCGCUGCCACUCGCUUUCCAGAGGCAAUCCCAUUACGCACAUUAAAGGCAAAGAACGUUGUGAAAGCCCUCACAAAAUUCUUUUCAACUUUUGGGUUACCCAGAGUUGUUCAAACUGAUCAGGGAACAAACUUUAUGUCAAAGGUGUUUGCCCAGGUUUUGAAGGAGUUAAAAAUUAAACAUCAAAGGUCCAGCCCUUAUCACCCAGAGAGUCAAGGUGCACUGGAACGAUUUCAUCAAACCCUAAAAACCAUGUUGCGCAAAUACUGCCUUGAAUCAGGUAAAGACUGGGAGGAGGGACUUCCACUUCUGCUUUUUGCUGUUAGAGAAGCCACCCAGGAAUCCCUUGGAUUUAGUCCGGCUGACUUAGUUUUUGGACACACUGUGCGCGGUCCCCUGCGACUGCUUAAAGAAAAGUGGUUAUCAGAGUCGCAUCAAGCCGAACAUAAUGUGUUAGAUUACGUUUGCAGUUUUAGAGGGCGUCUUUUCCGGGCAUGUCAGCUGGCCCGUGAAAAUUUGGAACAAACCCAAGGCAACAUGAAAGCCCGGUGCUCCUCCGUGGUUGGUGCAUCCAGGGUGGAUGGCUCGCACCGAUUGGCUGACGACCGGGAGGCAGCGGAUGAGAAGAGACCACCAGGGACUGCCAUUCAUUCAUCCUCGGCCCAACCCAACCGGCAGACCGUUCACUGUGUCACUGUUACUAUGUUGGUUAAUGUAAGAGCAUGUAGGGGUGGACCGCCUUUUUGUUUGAUCAGUUUUCUCCUGUUUCUGUUAGGUAGGGAGGAAAGUGAUUGUCGUUUGGUUUAGUUCUUUUGAGUAGGUAAGUUGUGUUUAUUCCUGAGAUAGGCUAUCUUUUGUUUGUUGUUUUGGCCUUGGGUUCACCCUGAAGUUAUGAUAUGCUCCCUUCCUUUGUUUAACUGCACUCAUUGUAAAUAAAUCACUGUCACAAAAUAUUAAGUGUGUGACGUGCUGCUUGGGGUUGGACGGGGAUGGAUCACCCUUUAUGUUGUGGUCUGGCCGCGCCUAGACGGGCCAUAACACUGAAUCUUUGAGAUGAUUAAACUUAAUCUAAGUCUGGUGUGACUUUUGAGAACAUAAGGGUAAUGGUGUUACUUUGUCUCUGUUAGAGCUCCCCCUGCUGGUCAGGGUGGCAGCAAAAAAAACAUUUUUUGCAAGAGCUUUGUAAACACUGGCAAUCCCACGUCUCCCAAACUGCCUACCACCUCAUUUAUUUCAAGCAUCGGCUUAUUAAUUAUCUCUCUGUUAGUCUCUACAUCCUUCCUAUAUCCGUUAUGUGACAUUUGGAAAUUAUCCUACAGACAAUCGCACCAGAUCUCUUGUUUUUUCUCUUUUCUUUUUGAAAUUCAGCAUAUUCAUGCAGGAUAAGACCAACACUAAAAA